UCUACUUCCGUUUACUUUGUUACCACUUUGCCACUUUCCCACGAUUGUCGAUUAGAUCAUAAGUCGUGCAGUCGUGAGGAAAUCGUUUUUAACUUGUUUUUCUUCGGCUCGGGUUACUGUGUUCAGAGGAGUCCAAUAAUUAAUGCAUAAGGCAGGGUAUUGUGUCAAUUUCACGUGUUACCGAUUCAGAUGAAACCCAUCCCAGUGAACUACUGAGAGGUCCAAAGAAAUCUGAAUUUUGAAAGAAAAUGGACCGUGUAAGUAAACACCACAAACGUCACCGGGGGGCAAGUCCAUCUGACAAUGAAAGUCGGAGUAAAAAGCACCACAAACAUCACCACGAGAAAGAGAAGUCUGGCAGACACAACUCCAGCGAUGAGGAAGACGACAGACGAUCCCGGCGUCAUAAAAAGCAGCACCACCACAGAGAUAGAGAUUACGACCCGGACAGGAAAAUUAAACAAGAGAAGGACGAGGAGAAUUUCAGUCAACAGCAGAGGGAAAGAUCUCAGCAUGACCACCAGCGGAGGGAGAACCGGAGGGACAGAGACCGCCAGGGUGGAGAUUUCGGAAUGAAUACAGAGACAAAAGUGAAAACAGAGGAAGGGGAGGAGGACAAAACAGAAGAGGAGAAACAGAAACCGAACUUUGAACUUUCUGGCAAGCUGACAGAGGAUACAAACACCUUUAGGGGAGUAGUCAUCAAGUACAAUGAACCACCAGAGGCUAUGAUGCCGAAACGUAAGUGGCGACUGUACCCUUUUAAGGGAGAGACAUCAUUGCCAGUCCUGCACAUUCAUAGGCAAAGUGCGUUCUUGCUCGGUCGUGACCGUCGAAUAGCGGACAUUCCUGUAGACCACCCGUCUUGUUCCAAGCAGCAAGCUGCUCUUCAGUUUCGAGCCAUGCCGUACACCAGACCUGAUGGCUCGUCAGGUCGUAGAGUCAGGCCAUACAUCAUAGACCUUGAGUCGGCAAACGGCACUUAUGUCAAUGGAGAAAAGAUAGAAGCCAAACGAUAUUACGAACUGAAAGAGAAAGAUGUGAUAAAAUUUGGUUUCAGCACUCGAGAGUAUGUAGUGCUGCAUGACAGUGUGGAUACUUCAGAACUUGGUGUUGGAGAGGACAUGGAAGAAGCGUAAAAGUGUUUGAAUGUGUUUGUGACAUCUUUGGCUUCUGAUGACAGCUUCUUUUCCAGACAUUGAUUAGAAACCUGCAGAAAUCUAAUGGAACUCCUGUGUAUGGGUACUAGAAUGUGAGUCCCGUCAUUAGCCUUUACUGUUCAAAUUCAGAGUUAAUGGUUCGCUGCUCGUCUCAGGGACUGAUCUUUGCUUACAUUUCUGACUUCUGGCUAUGGCUUGUCCCCAGACAUAUCGGUGUCAGUUGUGCAGAGGUUAGGUGCUUCACCAUUGCAUGAGGAAAAACAAGUUUGAUUCUUGUGGGGAGAUAAUUUUUAUCGAGUAUUUUGGUCUGUCUGGUGGACGUUGUAUCCCUUACAGCCUUGGUUUUCUUUAACAGGCAGGGUUGAAGUCCGCCUCUUAAAUGAUGUAAAUUAUGUCAAUGGGGGUAUAAAACACCUGCAUUUUAUAGCUAGGAGAAUUGUGAUUGGGCUUGUCAUCUUGACCAUUACAGGAUAAACGGAGGUGUACUGUAAUUUCAGAUAAUACGUUGCUGCCCUUCUGUUUUUCCAGUUGAUCAAGAGGAACUUCUGGGUCACUCAUCUGUGUCAGAUGUGUGGAGUGGAUCCAUAGCAAGUCUGACUCUUCACUGUCAAAAUGAAACACGGUACAUCACUUUCUUUUGAACAAUGUCAUCUGCUGUACCUGCUUUAAUCAGAGUUUUGACUGCCCCUCCCUUUUUAUCCACUGUGAGUUUGAGACAAUAUUUUGCUUUUGUUUCAUAUUUUUUCUGUAUGUUGAUGGCAGGGGACAUGAAAGAAGAUGGCCGGGGUACAGUUGUUGUUAUGGGGAAGAGGAAGGGGGUUUGGUUGAUUGUCUCCAUGCUAGAGCAGCUGGAAUUGGAAAAAGAACUACCAGGCCGUAAUCAGGCAAGGUUGGUGGUCAAGUGUUAUCGUCAAAGUUAGAUCUGUUUGGUGGCAAUGAAAAUAGGCUACUCUGCACCAUGGGUAUUCAUUGUUAUCAUCAUUAUGUGCCACAUCUGUGACAGACAUCGCAGAUCAUGGUUCUCCUUUAUUAUUAUUAUUACGAUGGAAAAUGUUCUUUUCCUUUGCAAGUCAAGAAAUUAAGCACUGCUAUGAUAUAAUUUGAUGUGUUGAUGCUGUAAUGCUGUGUAAAUGAUUUUUUAGCUUUUGUGUUUUUGUGAACCAGGGAGUGCUUGGUUUAGUUUUGUCUUAGUGAUUAGUGUGUUAAUGAAGUCAUUUCACUUUCUAAAGUGAGCAGGCUCUUAAUUAGGCAAAUGAAACCUCAGUUCAAAAUAUUUUUUUAAUAUAUUUUUUUUUAAAGGGGAUUAAGUAAGGUAAAAAUAGAGCAUGUCAAAACAAUAUUUAGUAAA